GGGUUUCCUGGCGUCACGUACUUAAAUCUGUUCAGGCUCUUUCUCGUCUGGGAACCGGCGGGGAAGCUUGCUAACGACAGCUCAUGGCUGCAGCAGAGUCCGACAGCAGCCAGAGGCAGAUUGAAGAAAUUGAAGCACUUUCGUCUAUAUAUGGCGAUGAGUGGUGUGUUAUUGACGAAGCUACAAGAAUAUUUUGUAUUAAGAUUAGCGAUAAUUUAGAAAUCCAAAAUGGACACUUUGCUUACAGUGCUCCUUGGCUUAGAGAACAAGAUCGGGUGGAAAUAGCAAACGGCCUUGAAGAAAUAUAUGUACAGAACAUUGGUGAAAGUAUUCUUUAUUUGUGGGUGGAGAAAAUUCGAGAAGUUUUAAUAGAAAAAUCUCAGCUGUCAGAAUCAGGCCCAAACAUAAAGAAGACAACUGAAGAGGAAGAUGCUGACAAUGAAGAUGAUUGCUUUUUUGAUUAUCAGUCAAAAAAUACAAUUGAAGUCCUGGAUUUUGUUAUCACUGAAAGUCAAUCAGAUGUAGAAGAACUACCACCAAUUAAGCAUGGAGUUCCAAUCACUGACCGAAGAAGCACUUUUCAAGCACAUUUAGCUCCUGUAGUUUUCCUAAAGCAGGUGAAAAUGGUUCUUGCCAAAUUAUAUGAGAAUAAGAAAAUAGCCAAUGCCACCCACAAUAUCUAUGCUUACAGAAUAUAUUGUGAAGAUAGGCAGACUUUCUUGCAGGACUGUGAAGAUGAUGGUGAAACAGCAGCAGGUGGACGUCUCCUUCACCUUAUGCAGAUUUUGAAUGUACGGAAUGUUUUGGUGGUGGUAUCACGCUGGUAUGGUGGUAUUUUACUAGGACCAGAUCGUUUUAAACACAUCAACAACUGUGCCAGAAACAUACUAGUGGAAGAGAACUACAUAAGCUCACCAGAGGAAUCAUCCAAGCAGCUGGGAAAAAACAAAAGAGUAAGAAAAGACAAGAAGAAGAGUGAACAUUAUACUUGAAAAUUUAGCUUUUAAAUACUUUUGUUCAGAUUAUAUAAUUAAUCAUCAAGGAAUACUUUCUAUAGAGAAGAUCCUUGAACAAUAUACUUUGUGACUACUCAACCCAGGAGUUCAAGGAAACACGACAUGAAUACCAGCCAGGAUUUUCACUUAUUUCUUGAUUGUUCCAAUUGUUCAAAAAUGGAGAACUUAUGUACUCAUAUUUGUCUGAGGACAACUCAGAAGAAUUAAUCAAACCUAAUCAUCAUUGCUUCUAAUUUUGGGAAGAGAGCAGUUGCUCUAAGUAUCAAGUGAAUUACCUGUCCUUUUGAAUUACUUGUCAAGUGCCUUUCUUAUGUGGCAGAAACUAUCUCUGGAGAGUUUCAGUACUUGAUGUCUUAUCACCUGGAUUCUUGUUGAGUUAAAGGAAUAUUAUAUUUUACGAUACUUUACAGAAAGUUUGAAUGAACUCCUGGAGAGCUGUGUUUUUUGUUUGUUUUUUGUAGUUCAGAAAGCUCACUUUAGUUUAGAGUGUGCAUUUCUGAAUAGUGUACAUUUAGUAAAAAUCCAGCUAAUAUCCAUCAAUAGAAAAGUACUAGAGAUAGUCAUUUGUUUAACUCAAAAUGAAUUAUGCAAAUGUCAUACCUGAGACUUGGUAGAGAGUCUGUGGUGUUGAAAUUCAUGGAAGAUAUUUGCAGAUCUGCAUCUUGAUUUUUGUACCAGUAAUGCAAAGCAAUAAAAGUGCAGUAUCAGCAGGCCUUUUUUCCUAAUGAGA